UUCCGGGUGUACGGUUGCUCGCGUCUAAACUGGACAUUGGCGACUUUGUCUGAAAUCUUUCUGAGUUAAUUCUUAAGUUUUAACAACAAGGAUUAAUACGUGCGAGGAAAUGUGUUUAUGAUACAAUGUAGCACGUUACUUUGUUUCAUCGUACAAGUUCAUUCAUUGCUUCUUUGUAACGCGUCAGCCCAUGAGCGAGCGAACUUCGUAGUUUUAUCAUGACGUCCAGAUGUUGAUGUUGAUUGAAGCAGGCUGUUAAUCCUGUGGACAUCACGUAGGCGUUCCGGAUAAGCAAGCCGAGUUUGAACAUUUGUCAGCAGCGCAGGCUUGGCCGCCAUGGAUCUUUAUGUUUUUAUUGUAUUUUAUUCACUUUUUAUGGGAGAGACUGCCCGAGGUGAUGUUGUUGAAGACCAUGAACUAGGCACCCUUAGUUCCAUGCUGUCCGACUUUGAGGUUCUGCCCAUGUCCAGCCUCAAGCAACACUCGGUCCGAAAGCGGGAUGUCCAGAUGCACACCCAUAUGGAGAGGCUGCUCAGUUUUACAGCUCUACAAAGGCACUUUAGGCUUUACCUCACAACCAACACAGAGCUGUUUGCUGAUGACUUCAGGGCUGUGGUUAUGGGGAGGGAUGGGAAUGAGGAGCUGAUCGAGGUCCCCAGACAAAACUUCUUCACAGGCCAUGUGAUCGGGGAGGAACACUCUCGAGUCCAGGCUCACAUCGAUGACAACGAGUUCUCAGCCCACAUCCUCCUCCACGAUGCUGAGUAUAACAUAGAGCCCCUGUGGAGGUACACACCGGCAUCCACACGGGACCGACUACUGAUCUACCGCUCGGAGGACAUCCGCAACAUCAGCCGGCUAGCUUCCUCAAAAGUGUGUGGCUAUGUCAAAGCGGGCCUAAGUGACCUCCUACCAGAAGGAGAGCAGCUUCCCUUCGGCAAUGAGGAGGAGGAAGAGGAGGUGCACAUCAGAGAGACGCGGCAGGUGCAUGACCACAGCGUGAACACCUGCCCUCUGCUGCUGGUGGCUGACUACCGCUUCUUCAAGCACAUGGGCCGCGGGGAGGAGAGCACCACCCUCAACUACCUGAUUGAGCUGAUCGAUCGUGUGGAUGACAUCUACAGGAACACAUCUUGGGAUGACGAGUUCAAAGGUUAUGGUGUUCAAAUACAACAGAUUAUAAUCAACAAAGAGCCGACCAAAGUAGCCCCGGGAGAGCAACACUUCAACAUGGAGGGAAGCCCUGUGAGGGGCAAGGACGUGUGGGAUGUGAAGAAACUUCUGGAUCAAUUCAGCAGAGACAUAGCUGACAAUGCAUCCCAGGUGUGUCUGGCACAUCUCUUCACCUACCAGGACUUUGACGAGGGCACCCUGGGACUGGCGUACGUGGCCCCCUCCAAACAGGGCUUCCCUGGCGGCGUGUGCUCUGAGAAGGCCCCUCCCUCCCCCAGUGACCCGAGAGCCAUAUACCUAAACACCGGGCUGACCAGCACCAAGAAUUAUGGGAAAACUAUACUAACAAAGGAAGCAGACCUGGUCACCACCCAUGAACUGGGCCAUAACUUUGGGGCGGUACAUGACCCGGACGACAUGCCGGAGUGCGCGCCCCGUGACGACCAGGGAGGGAAGUACGUCAUGUACCCCAUUGCUGUCAGUGGGGACCACUCCAACAACAAGCUCUUCUCCACCUGCAGUAAGAUGUCCAUCCUGAAAAGACUCAAGAUCAAGGCGCCCUCUUGCUUUCGCGUGCGGAACAGCAGCGUGUGUGGGAACUCGCGUGUGGAGGACGGGGAGGAGUGUGACCCAGGACUGCUGCACCUCACCAGUGACCCCUGCUGCACUUCCAGCUGCAAACUCCGGCCUGGGAAACAGUGCAGUGACCGUAACAGUGCCUGCUGUACGGAGUGCAUGUAUGAGAGGAAGGGGAAGGCCUGUCAGGAGCCCAUCAACGCCACCUGUAAGGGGAUGUCCUACUGCACUGGGAACGGCAGUGAGUGUCCUCCACCAGAGAACGCUCCCGACAAGACGGUGUGCGUGGACAGAGGGGAGUGUCAGAGCGGGGAGUGCAUCCCCUUCUGCGUGGCCGUCGCCAAGCUGGAGCCCUGCGCUUGCAACGAGACCAAGAGCUCCUGUAAGGUGUGCUGCCGGAAUAGGAACGGGGUGUGCACACCCUACCGCGACCAGAAGAGACAGCCCUUGUUUCUGCGCAAAGGCAAACCCUGCACCGUUGGCUUCUGUGAUGGCAAUGGUAAAUGCAUGAAACAGGUGCAGGAUGUCAUUGAGAGGUUGUGGGAUUUCAUCGACAAGCUGAACCCCCACACAUUUGGAAAGUUCCUGAGGGACAACAUAGUGGGUUCGGUGAUUGCGUUCUCCCUGCUGUUCUGGAUCCCUCUCAGUAUUCUGGUGCACUGCGUGGACAGGAAACUGGACCAGCAGUAUGAGCUGAAGACCAAAUCUCUGUUUUACCCCAGCAACGCUGAGAUUCUGAGCAGUCUGGAUUCAGCGUCCCUGCGUAUCUUCAAGGCCCCUCCCUCCGCCUUGUCACUUGCCACCCCUCGCUUCCAGGCCUCAGGGCCCCUGCAGACCAGCACCCCCCCGGUCCUGGCCCCGGCCCCGGCCCCCAUGCUGGGUCCGAUCCUCCCAGCCGCCGCCGAAACGCCCCGCAUGGCCACCAUCCAGGAGGACCCCAGCUACGACUCGCCGCUGGACGAGCAGGUCCUGGAGGAGGACUUCUCGUCCGGUGGCGGUGGCACGGAGGCGCGCUCCUUCGAGGACCUGACCAAGAGCUCUCCGGCCAGCGGCGUGCGCAGCGACAAGGCCAAAUCAUUCCGGCUCCAGAGACAGGCGCGACUCAACAGCAAAGAGACAGUGUGCUAACUGGGGGGGGAGAGAGAGAGGGAGAUAGAGAGAGAGGUAGAGAAAGAGAGAAAAAGAGAGAGAGGUAGAGAGCUCAGCUCAAAAAUGUUGGAAAGUACAAUUUCAGUACAAUUUAAGUACAAUUUAACUGCAAUGGCCACAAGUAGAGUAGCAGUAGAGACAGAAACUCUUAACAAGGUACACAGUGGUGGAACAAGCAGGACUUGUGUCAUAAUGACAUUAGGGAGUAAUGCCUACAUGUGCUUAACAAUUUAUGUUGUUAUGAGUUGUACAAUUCCAGCAGGACAGACAUUUCAUUGGAACUCAGAUUGGAAACAGAUACACAUUUGGAAUAAUGACUACUUCUAUAUUGGAGAUUAUGUGCGCAUGUAUUUUUUCAUUUUUUAAACCGCCGCAUAUAUUUUUUAGUGUCUGUCAGUGCUGGUAAUGCCAAAGAAACUUACUCUGCUAAAGAAGGCCCCCGAAUACUUAGACAUGACAUAGUAUGAACCACUUUACAAGCACUGAUAUGCAAAAAUAACUGGGAAUUUUAUAUUUUUUAUAUAUACUGUAUGUCAAAGACUGAAUCACGGUCGAACGCUGUGUGUGAAUUGCUGCUUGCAUUGUGCAGGUUGACAUUUGCUUAAACACCAAAGCCAUCACCAGAGAUGACCAACUAAGAGGCUGGCUCUACAAAGAGGCUUUAAAUGGGCUCUUUGUAAAUACGGGCUCAUUCUGGCAAUAAUGGUGUGUACAUUGUGCCCAGUAUCCUGAACUUGUCCAAGUAGACACAGGGUUAUUACAUUCUCUGCACUAUAGUGACAAAAUGUAGGUACUUCUGUUGGUUACUUUCAUCUAGUGUUGUAUCAGCCAAAACAAUCAACCCAAAAUUAUGGGUUAAUAGAUUUCAGCUCCAACAGACGCAAGUGACCUCUUUCCCCCUGAUUCAAAUAUUCCAACACCCUGGAAAUCCAGAGUUCUCGUGAAAGCACAAUUUGAAUUGUGUCUGCAAGAUACUCUGGCAUUGAGCAAUGAUGCACGUUACUUUUACCCCAGACAUUGGGGGAAACCAAUCACGUCAUUGGUCGUAGUGUUAUCCAAUUGCGUCUUAGUCCGGAAUCAGUCGGAGUAAACAUUGGUCGUGUUAUCCAAUUGCGUGCAGUGAGAUUUUCAAAUGCAUGCUUGGUGCUGUCCCUCGAGUUGGCCCAUUACAUUGUUCAUGGUCAGACCCUUAAUCUGAAAGAUUACCAGGGUCUGGAUUUUCCAGGCUAAUAUUCCAGUUGGUUACAGUGUAAUUGGCCGUCAACCUGUAUGCGGUCAUGUUUGUUUAAUAGAGAUGCAACAUGCAUGAAACAGCUUCUUGGGAUAUAGAGGUACCUUUUCUCUGAAAGAUUUAGGUAUUGAUGGUGAAAAAUAUUGACAAUGGACACCUAUUCUAUUUUCAUUUCAGUACGAUAUAGAUGGUAUACAGUGUUUUAAUAUAUCAGAGAAAUGUCAAAACCUACCACAAAGACAGCAUAGUAAUAGUAUACAGAUACGACUUCAGGUAUGAAAACGUUAUUUAGAGUGUUAGAAUGUGUUUACUAGAGUAUUCUUCACAAAAAUGUUUCACACUACUAUUUUCCUAGAGGUUUCUGAUCAAAGUGUUUUGUAAAUGUUUAAAACAAGAUGUGCAUUAAUUGGCCAAUGUUGAAAUGUUUUAUGGACUCCACAUUGCAAUAUUACAAUUUAAAUACGGGUGUAUUUUGAACGACAAUCACAUGACAACAAAUCAUAUAUUUCGAACUUACCUUUUUACUACUGUUAAAAUGGCAUUUGAAAGGUCAAAGAAGGGCUAGACCCAUUUUGCAGGGUUAUAAGUGCCUUAUUAGAAACAAGCUAUUGUCUGUGUACACUGCAGUUUUAUCAUAAUUGCUUACACUCCUGUGUAUGAUCGUUCACUAGUGCAUUCUCAAUAUCUGAUUUUUGUUGUACAGGUAGUAGGAGACAUCUAUGAUUUUGUAGGUUACAUUUCCGCAAAAGCUUUCACCGUAAGCUUUCAGUCUGACACAAGUAAUGCAAAUGUACAUGUUUACCUUCACUGUUUCAUAGAUCUCUUAAUUUGUUUCAUAUAACAGAUGUGAAUUCAGCAAUAAUCCACUUGUUAACUCCUGUUGGGUCUCAGACCGUUAACACAGCUGUUGAUAACCUUCAAAAGGGUCAUAGACACAUUUUACAGGGCUCCUUUCAAAACACUCUUCACCAGCAGUUUAAGUGUUAGAUAACAGAAGAAAGUGUUAUAUUUAUGUGCACUGCCAGUAGAAAAUCUUCUUGUAGGGAUUUGUGUGUGACUUUUACAAUAUUUUCUAUUUUUUUGUUUUGUUUGUUUGUUUACUGUGUGAUGCUGCAAUAAUAAAUCCAAAAACAUAAAUUC